AACUGCUGCAGCACAAUCCUUUCGGAAAGGAUCAGAAUCCUGCAGAAUGAAGGAGAAAUGGCAACUCAAACCUCCCAGAGGCUCCCCUGGAAAGAUUACGAGAUGAAAAAUUAACUUGGCACUGUUGGGGGUGGGAACGCGCGGGCCGCUGCCCUGGAUGUCCCGUCUUCAGCCUCUGGGACACUUUCCUUCCCCAAAGCCAUUUUAGUCAAAGGUCAUGUGUGAGACUUGUCAAAGGCCAGCUUCCAAUGGAAUCAUUGUCCCCCGGGACAGCGGCCCCCUGACUACAUCUGCAUUGGAGAAAUCCCAAAAGCAAACGGCCCAGUGCAAACAAGAGCUACUCGGGGCAGAGCUCACAGGUCCCGCCGGCCCGCAGCAGAGGCCGCGUCCGCAGCGCCGGGGCCUGAAGCCACCCAGACGCCCGCAGCAUGACCCGCCACGCCGAUCGGGUAAUAUCCCUGUUCACUUUUGCUAUUGGAGCCAAUAUCUGCUUAGGAUUCACAGCGAAUCGAGUUAAGAGGGCAGAAGGAUGGGAUGAAGGCCCGCCGACAGUGUUAUCAGACUCCCCUUGGACAAACACCUCUGGAUCUUGUAGGGGCAGAUGCUUUGAACUUCAAGAGGUUGGACCCCCAGAUUGUCGGUGUGACAACCUGUGUAAGAGCUAUAGCAGUUGCUGCCAUGACUUUGACGAGCUUUGUUUGAAGACAGCUGGCGGCUGGGAAUGUACGAAGGACAGAUGCGGAGAAGUAAGAAAUGAAGACAAUGCUUGUCACUGCUCCGAGGACUGCUUGGCCAGGGGAGACUGCUGUACUAAUUACCAAGUGGUUUGCAAAGGCGAGUCACACUGGGUAGAUGAUGACUGUGAGGAAAUAAAGACGCCAGAAUGCCCUGCAGGGUUUGUUCGCCCUCCAUUAAUCAUCUUCUCUGUGGAUGGUUUCCGCGCAUCGUACAUGAAGAAAGGCAGCAAGGUCAUGCCUAACAUUGAAAAACUAAGGUCUUGUGGCACACACUCACCCUACAUGAGGCCCGUGUACCCAACAAAAACUUUCCCCAACUUAUACACUUUGGCCACUGGGCUGUAUCCAGAAUCACAUGGAAUUGUUGGCAAUUCAAUGUAUGAUCCUGUAUUUGAUGCCACUUUCCAUCUUCGAGGGCGAGAGAAAUUUAAUCAUAGAUGGUGGGGAGGUCAGCCGCUAUGGAUUACAGCCACCAAGCAAGGGGUGAAAGCUGGGACAUUCUUCUGGUCUGUGGUCAUCCCUCACGAGCGGAGAAUAUUGACCAUACUACAGUGGCUCACCCUGCCAGACAAUGAAAGGCCUUCGGUCUAUGCCUUCUAUUCCGAGCAACCUGAUUUCUCUGGACACAAAUAUGGGCCUUUUGGCCCUGAGAUGACAAAUCCUCUGAGGGAAAUUGACAAAACAGUGGGUCAAUUAAUGGAUGGACUGAAACAACUAAAGCUGCAUCGCUGUGUAAAUGUCAUCUUUGUCGGAGACCAUGGAAUGGAAGAUGUCACAUGUGAUAGAACUGAGUUCUUAAGCAAUUACCUGACUAAUGUGGAUGACAUUACUUUAGUGCCUGGAACUCUAGGAAGAAUUCGACCCAAAUUUAGCAAUAAUGCUAAAUAUGACCCUAAAGCCAUUAUUGCUAACCUCACGUGUAAAAAACCAGAUCAGCACUUUAAGCCUUACAUGAAGCAGCACCUUCCCAAACGUUUGCACUAUGCCAACAACAGAAGAAUUGAGGACAUCCAUUUACUGGUGGAACGCAGAUGGCAUGUGGCAAGGAAACCUUUGGAUGUUUAUAAGAAACCAUCAGGAAAGUGCUUUUUCCAAGGAGACCACGGGUUUGAUAACAAGGUCAACAGCAUGCAGACUGUUUUUGUAGGUUAUGGCCCAACAUUUAAGUACAAGACUAAAGUGCCUCCCUUUGAAAACAUUGAACUGUAUAAUGUUAUGUGUGAUCUCCUGGGAUUGAAGCCAGCUCCCAAUAAUGGGACCCACGGAAGUCUGAACCAUCUCCUGCGUGCCAACACCUUCAGGCCAACCAUGCCAGAGGAAGUCACCAGACCCAGUUAUCCAGGGAUUAUGUACCUUCAGUCUGAUUUUGACCUGGGCUGCACCUGUGAUGAUAAGGUAGAGCCAAAGAACAAAUUGGAUGAACUCAACAAACGUCUUCAUAUAAAAGGCUCCACAGAAGCUGAAACCAGGAAAUUCAGAGGCAACAAAAAUGAAAACAAGGAAAACGUUAAUGGAAAUGUUGAACCUAGAAAAGAGAGACACCUUCUCUAUGGACGGCCUGCAGUGCUUUAUCGGACAAGAUAUGAUAUCUUAUAUCAUACUGACUUUGAAAGUGGUUAUAGUGAAAUCUUCCUAAUGUCACUCUGGACAUCAUACACUGUUUCCAAACAGGCGGAGGUCUCUGGCAUCCCUGAGCACUUGACCAAUUGCGUGCGGCCUGAUGUCCGUGUUUCUCCGAGUUUCAGUCAGAGCUGUUUGGCCUACAAAAAUGAUAAACAGAUGUCCUAUGGAUUCCUCUUCCCCCCUUAUCUGAGCUCUUCACCAGAAGCUAAAUAUGAUGCAUUCCUUGUAACCAACAUGGUGCCAAUGUAUCCUGCUUUCAAACGAAUCUGGAAUUAUUUCCAAAGGGUAUUGGUGAAGAAAUAUGCUUCAGAAAGGAAUGGAGUUAAUGUGAUAAGUGGACCAAUUUUUGACUAUGAUUACGAUGGUUUACAUGACACACAGGAGAAAAUCAAACAGUACGUGGAAGGCAGUUCCAUUCCCAUUCCGACCCACUACUUUAGCAUCAUCACCAGCUGCCUGGAUUUCACUCAGCCUGCGGACAAGUGUGAUGGCCCCCUGUCCGUCUCCUCAUUCAUCCUGCCUCACAGACCUGACAAUGAGGAGAGCUGCAAUAACUCCGAGGAUGAGUCAAAAUGGGUAGAAGAUCUCAUUAAGAUGCACACAGCCCGGGUGCGGGACAUUGAGCAUCUCACUAGCCUGGAUUUCUUCCGAAAGACCAGCCGCAGCUAUUCAGAAAUUCUGACACUAAAGACAUACCUGCAUACGUAUGAGAGUGAGAUUUAACUUUCUGAUCACCUGCAGUGCAGUCUUAUCAACUGGUGUAUAUUUUUAUAUUGUUUUUGUAUUUAUUAAUUUGAAACCAGGUCAUUAAAAAAAAUGUUAGUAUUUUAAUCCUGUACCAAAUCUGACAUAUUACGCCUGAGUGACUCCGCUGUUUUUCUCUAAUGCUUGAUUUAGGUAGUCUCGUGUUCUGCGUAGAGCUUGUAAUAAAUACUGCAGCUUGCAUUUGUAGUGGGAGCUUCUAAAGGGUCCUGCCAAUUUGAUAUUUGCAUUGAGGAGAUAUUAAUUUUCCAGUGCACAGUUGCCACAGUUAGUCCUGUACUGUAUUGGAAUACUAAUUUUGUAAAGUUGCAUUCAUUUACUGUUAAUUAUGCCAGACAUAUUUAAGCCUUAUAGACCAAUCUUAAAUAUAAUAAAUCACACAUUCAGUUUU